AUGUCUUCGCUCGCCGUUACUGCAUCGGGUUCUUUAAGCCGCACUAGGAGGACCCCUCUCGCCACUUGGGCGGAGGACGAACUUCGCACAGAGCGGUAUGGCGGUGAUGACCCCCGGGACCCGCCUCCUAAAGACAGUGGGGACACACGGCUACCACAGAAGGAAGAAAAUUUCGAUUACAACAAGGUAACAUGGGAUGGCCCCGACGACCCAGAGAACCCGCAGAAUUGGUCGCACCCGCGCAAGUGGACGAUCACGGCGAUAUGUCUCCUCAUGACCAUCAAUGUGACUUUCGCUUCAUCAGCACCGUCACCGGCGAGCACGGUUAUAGCAGCGCAUUUUCACAAACCCGAGGAGUGCGGGUACCUUGUCACCGCUAUGUUCCUCUUCGGCUACGUCUUUGGACCCUUCGUCUGGGGACCAGGCUCUGAGCUCCUGGGGCGUUGGCGAAUGUUCGUCGUCGCUCUCUCUGCCUACACAAUUCUGCACCUCGGCCAGGCUCUUGCACAGAACAUCGAGACGUUGCUUGUUACGCGGUUUCUUGGCGGCUUUUUCGCUGUCAAUCCGCUCACGAACUGCGGGGGAGUUAUUGUUGACAUUUGGGACCCUGUAAACCGGGGUAUUGCUACUAGCAUGUUCAUUGCAGGCGUUUUCCUCGGGCCCGUGCUCGGUCCCAUUGCCGGAGGCUUCCUGACCACGAGCUACCUUGGCUGGAGAUGGAUCUUCUGGAUUAUGAUGAUAUUCGCAGGGUCCUGUACAUUGGUUGCACUGAUAUUCCUGCCCGAGACAUACGCGCCCGUGCUUCUGCAGAGAAAGGCGCGCAGGUUGCGAAAAGCUGACCCAAUUGCCAAUAAGGACAAGUACGCGGAGCAUGAACGGGCAGAUUGGUCUGUCAAAGGCCUUCUGCACCGCACACUGUAUAGACCCAUACUCAUGCUCAUAAUGGAGCCGAUUCUUCUGCUAAUUACAAUAUAUAUCUCGAUGGUCUACGGCGUGUUAUACUCCUUGUUCGAAGCGUUGCCCGUCAUUUUCGUAGGGAAGCAUGGCUUUACCAUCGGACAAUCGGGUCUAACUCUCAUCGGUGUCGGGAUUGGCACUACCUUGGGCGCAAUUGCGUUCUGGAGGCAAUGCAGUCACUAUCCUGAACUCUUGGAUAAGUGGCGUGGAUUUCCUCCCCCAGAGGAGCGUCUGUGGGGCGCUAUGAACGCUGGACUAGUCCUUGUCAUCGGGGCUUUCUGGCUAGGCUGGACAGGCAACUACCACAGUGUGCCUUGGAUCGUACCCGCACUCGCAACAAUACCAGUGGGAUACGGCGUCAGCUUGGUGUUCAUUUCAUUCGUAUCGUAUAUUGUCGACACGUACCUCAUGUAUGCAGCUUCCGCACUUGCCGCAAAUACCCUGGUGCGGUCCGCCGUCGCUGGGGGCUUCCAGCUUUUCACCGUCCAGAUGUACAAGAAUCUGGGCAUCAACUGGGCGUGCACGCUAAUAGCACUCGUCUUGUUACUCCUGGCGCCGAGCCCGUUCCUUUUCUACAGGUAUGGCCGCUUAAUUCGGAAGAAGAGUCGAUUUUCGCCAUCUCCGGACCUGCGUAUUGCAGAAUUGCUCGAGGCGGAGGCCGCGGAAGUAGCGACUCAGGCCAGCUCUGAUGAGCCCGAGAAGAAGGUCUGA